AGCAGGGUAGCCAAUCGUGACAGGAAGGGAAGCCUCCCCCUGCCGCUCGUCAUCCGAUCCUCCCACCCAGCCGCGGUCUCGAACAAUCACAGCCGGGCUCUGACACAGCGUACAGCCCUCCUUCGUUAGCAUUUCAAAGUUGAUCUUUACCCUCUAUACCGCAACUGCACAUGAGAAGCCCAUUAUGAAGGUUUCCAACGCAUCUCUGCUUGCCCUCCUCUUGCCGGCGGUAAGCGCACGCUUCGUCGAGCCGAACGAGUCAGACCGGGUGAUUCUGUAUCCCGAUGGCAUUUCCCAACCUCCCGAAGACAACCAGAAGUAUCACAUCGAACUGUCGCCGGGAAAAACACAGUGGGUGACUGAGGAGGAGAAGUGGGAGCUGCGCCGAAAUGGCAUGCGCUUCUUCGACAUUACCGACCAUCCCGAGCUCGGCACGCUUCGCGCAAGAGACUUAUCCAAGAAGAAGAGCGUCUUCCCCGAGAAGCCCAAGCUACAGAAGCAGGUCGAGCCACUGCUGGCGAACCUCUCCAAGACCGAGAUGAAGGACCACCUGACAACGUUUACCUCGUUCCACACUCGCUACUACAAGUCCGACUACGGCCGGCAAUCCAGCGAGUGGCUCCUCGCACAGGUCCGCGACACCAUCAAGCAGGCCGGGGCCGAGGAGCACGUCCACGCGGAGCAUUUCAAGCACUCCUGGGGACAGCACAGCAUCAUUGCCACCAUCCCAGGCAAGACCAACUCGACCAUCGUCAUCGGCGCGCACCAAGACUCCAUCAACCUGUGGCUGCCGCCCGUGCUCGCCGCCCCAGGCGCCGACGACGACGGCAGUGGCACCGUCACCAUCCUCGAGGCCUUCCGUGUCCUUCUGCAGUCCGAGGACAUCGUCAAGGGCAAGCACCAAAACACGCUCGAGUUCCACUGGUACAGCGCCGAAGAAGGCGGCCUGCUGGGCAGCCAGGCCAUCUUCUCGGCCUAUGAAAAGCAUGGCCGCGACGUUAAGGCCAUGCUGCAGCAGGACAUGACGGGCUUUGUGACGCGCACGCUGGACGCGGGCAAGCCCGAGAGUGUCGGCGUCAUUGUGGACUAUGUGGACCCGAACCUGACGGAGUUCAUCAAAAAGGUUAUUGAGGAGUAUUGUGAGAUCCCCUAUAUCGAGACCAAGUGCGGGUACGCCUGCUCCGACCACGCCUCGGCGUCCAAGGCAGGAUACGCGUCAGCCUUUGUCAUUGAGUCGGCGUUCGAGUACUCGGACAACCACAUCCACACGACUGAGGACCUGAUCAAGUACUUGUCCUUCGACCACAUGCUCCAGCACGCGCGCAUGACGCUGGCGUUUGGCUACGAGUUGGCCUUUACCGACUUUGCUGCUCUCGAGCGGCCCGACCACUCGGAUUCGCUGUAGGAACUUUCUGGGUGAUGUGGGUUUGCGGCAUGAGUCGUUUCAAACGUUGGCAUGGAUAGAUGUGUGCAUGAAGGACAAGCGUUCAAAGUGUUUGCAGCCAAGAUACCCCUUGCGCGCGCAGUCAUGAAAGGCCUUUUCAUUGUGGAAACCCGUAUUCGAUACCUACUUAACGCUGCAAAAUACCCCCGAACCUUAUAUGCGAUGCGCCUUGCAAAAUGCGACCUCUAUUCCGUAACACCAACCCACGCGCGGCAG